AUGCUCGGUGACUGUUCAACCAGAGUCACCGUCGCACUGUACGUAUCAAUCUGUAUCUUUACAGCGUCGCUCGCGCAGUAACUGAUGGAGACUUAGAGCGACGCCGGUCAGACCGGACAUUUUGGGACAGCGCCUGGAGGAUUACGAGAAGGUCAUCCCGACUCUCCGUACACUUCGCCUUUGUCAUCGAUUUGGUCGCGGAACCGACGUCCACGUCACUAAACUUCCGGCGGAACUCGAGCUUGCCAUUGAGGCAUGCGUUGUCAGAAGCAGCCAGCAUUUCUACUCUGAGCGGAUCCGGGCAUUUCGCCACUACGAGGGUCGCUGCGCACCGAUGGACCAUCUACCUGACUGUGCAUCUCCUCUAGAAGAUCAGGUUGGCGACCAGGAUCUGGAGAAGUGCGAAAAUUGCGAGGACAUCUACUGGGAGCCCGAGAAUUGCAAGAAUAUCUGCGACAGCACAAGCGAGGACCUCUGCUGGUAUUGCUCGCAGCAGCCGGACCCUCAGAAUUGUGGCAGAACUUGCAUGGCGAAGCAACGCCAUGCCAUGAACGCACUUGCAUCGGACUGGGACUACGACAUGAGAGAUCCUUGCGCAGAAUUGGAUUGGGGAAGGAUGAUUGAUUCAUCUCCCAGUGGUGCCUUCGCGAGAUGUGCCAGGUAAAUGAUUUCUUCAAUUUGCAUUCUGCCAAGCUUACCAAUGUUUCGAUAGGUUCUGCGGGAGCAUUUUGGACUUAAGGCGUCUUUUUUCGAAAAUCGAAUCUCGAAGUGUGAAGUCGAUACGUGGCCAAGACACCCCAAUCAUCAAUGGCACAACACAGAAGAACUGAAGACCAGGAUCUGCUACCUGACUGCAACGAAACAAGUCCUUCGGAAGAAAAAGUAUGAGAUGAGCGAAGAGGAAUUCGAGUGCGGAGGAGCGAUACUUCGCGGGAUGCAGACCAUCAUUUCUCCCAAGCGUCUCGGCACUACCGUGGAGUCGGAGAUUCGCAAGCGGUUCAAGCGUGCGUUGCAAGUCCUUUGCUUGGAGCCUUACGUUCACCCGAGUCAGCAACACACCUUCCUUGACCGAGGCGAUGGAAACAAGAGCGAUGACGCCGUCCAUCCAGCACAAGGAUCUCAGAGUGAGUCAAAUGCCAUAAUUUAUGCAACCCUAUGUAUGAAGAUGACUGAUCUAGACAGAGCAUCGUGCCGAGGAGUGGCCGAAGCAGGUCUUUCUUAUGGAAACCAAGGCGGACUACACAUUUGAAUUGUGA